UUAUUGCUCCUCCCUCGUUCAUUCCAUCCGCACUGCUGCUGGACGUUUGGGUCGUGAGAUUUUUCCUCUCCUCCCGAUUUUACUCCGCUGCGUCUGCUACCGAGAGGGAGGGAGGGAGGGAGAGAGCUCGCGUCGCUUCUGUUCUUUCUCAUCGUUCUUCCUCUUCUCGUCGUUGGUGGGUGUGUGAGGAGCGAUAUCCACCACUGCUGGAGGAAUCCGACCAGAUCGUGACCUCUUCUUCCUCCCCUGGUAGCGCCAUCAGAUUCUUCUUCCUCUUCUUCUGCUCUGUCCGAUGCUGUGCUCUACUGGUGAGAAUGAUGGAGCUGCGAUUUCUUCUUUUCGCUUCUCCUUUCCUCCGUUGCUGCGGAGCUUGAUUGAGGAAGUGUAUGGUGUUUGAACAAGUCUAACUUGACAACUGGGAAGCUCACUUAGAGUUUGAAGGGGAUGAGGAUACUUUCCACAGUUCAAAGAUUUUUUCCAUCAUUACCUCAACUGUAAUUCUUAGCCACUUGUCACUUCCUUUUGUUGUCUCAAGCAUGGAAAGAACUUGUGCAGCUUCUGCCAUGAAAUGGAGUAUUCAACUUGAAAAGGGUCUCCGUUCUAAGAAAAUUGGUGGAUCUAUUGAAGCCAUACUACGAUUUGGGCCUCAGCUUCAACAAUGGAGUAGAGAGCCUGAAUCCAAUAUAGCUGCCAAUAGCAUGUUUGAUUUGGUGGCAGGUGAAGAUAGGCUGUUUGCCAAUGCCAUCCUCUUGCGGCUAGCUGAUGUAUUUGCAUCUGGUGACAAAGAGACCAGGCUGGCUAUUGUUAGGGUUUUCUUAUCUGAGCUAAAGCAUCGUGGAAAGAUGAAGCGCAAACAAUAUAAGGGGUUGCUGUCAAAGGCCAGAGUCCCAAACCACUUGGAGUUGUUGAGAAGAGUGAAAUCUGUUUUUGAGAGUGGCACUGAGGAGUCAAAGGCAUUGGCUCUGGUUCUGUUUGGUUGUUGGGCUGAUUUUUCUCAAGACAAUGCUCAUAUACGCUACUUAAUACUUUCCAGUCUGGUUUCUCCUCAUGCUUUGUUGGUGAAAGCAUCUUUAUUUGCUGCAGGAUGCUUUUGUGAAAUAUCAGAUGAUUUUGCAUCUAUCACGUUAGAGAUGCUGGUUAAUCUGGUGACUUCAUCUGAGAUAUCCUUACCUAUCAAGUUAGAUGCUGCUCGAGUUUUUGGAAAAUUCAGGUGCUCAUAUUCAGUUGCGAAUAAAGCGUAUAAGACAGGUCUAGAGUUGAUAUUGAAUUCUUCAGAUGAAGAAUUUUUGGUAGUGAUGUUUCUCUCUCUCUCAAAAUUGGCUUCCAUGUCAACAUUACUCAUCUCUGAACAGGUCAGACUUCUGCUUUCAUUUCUCAACCAAGAAAGAACUUCGCAUAUACAGGAAACAGCUUUAAAAUGCUUGAAAUUCCUAGUCAAAAAAGGACCUUACGAACAUUCUGUUAAUUCAGAUCUAAUCCAUAGAUUACUUUGCAUGCUGGAGGAACCUAAAGUCUCUUCAGCCAUGCAUUGUGAAGCUCUACAGGUUUUACAUAAGGUACUGAUGUUUAUUCCACCUUUACCUUUUGCGGAACUUCAUGAAUUUGUCAAGCUGGUUACUGUUGUAGAGAAUGUAAUACAGCAUUCGGAUUUGAUGAAGAGCUAUUUGGCUAUCCAUAUUUUGGCAGAUUUAUCUUGUAAGUUUGUGGGAGACACAAGUGCUGAAAAUGGUGUCUUUUAUUCUUCUUUGCCUUCGCAGGUGGUCUCACUAAUCAAUGAUCAGAUCAAGCUUAUAGUUAUGUCAUUAUUGGAAGCCUGUCAAAAUUAUUCAAAGCCGUUUCAAAAUCUUCAAACUCUGCUAAAUAUUCUUCUAUCUAUUAUAAGAAAGAAUCACCGUCUGGUUGUCUUGGUACUUGAUAACAUAACUUCAACAAUUGAAUUUUUUGUGACUGUCAAAACUACUAGUCAUGUGACAGCAUCGACUCAGGUGGCUGUGAAAUUUGAUCGGAAAGAGAUCACCAACGUAGUUUCGAAUUUCUUUUGCAAAAUGUACAGAUUUCUAGUGGCCUUUCUUGAAAUUCUUAUUAAAGUCGGUUCCAUUGAUACUGAGGUAAUGAGCAGAAUCCAGAUUUUGGCUGAAUUUGUGUGUCAAUGUGGUUUACUUGAUUGCUAUACAUCCACAAUGUAUUGUCUACUGUUACACAAUCAACAUGUUUGGGGUUGUCUGCUUCAUCAGGAUAAUGGAAUGCGUGAUCCUUAUAACAUGAGUAUAUAUCCUCAUAGUUGUCCUGUUAACUGUAAAAUUGAUACACUACAGUUUGUGAACCACUUUUUGACAGAAAGAGAUGAUUGGACUGCUUAUAGGAUUGGAACAUAUGCAGCAUGCCAAGGAGAACUGCGUUUCUCUUCUUCCAUAUUCAGUAAGCUGAUUCAGAAGGUUAAAUCUUAUUCCUGCCGUAACUGGUUAAAAACACUUUUCCAAUUCACUCAGUCUGAGGGAGUAAUCCAGCUUCUUAAUUUACCAAAACAAGGAUUCACUUUAGUGGAAGAAUUGGAGAAUAAUAAAUAUCUUUUGAAUUCUUGUGAUUUCUUGGAUGAGAAGAAUCCAAGGGAUGCUGGAAAUGUCAAUGAUCAUCAUUACAGUUUUAAGCUAGCUGCUGCUCAUAGGGCACUUUGCUCUUCCAUAGGACUUUUAGAAGCAGCUGUCUCAAGUUCUCAGGCAUUCAGCUUCCAGAGGUGGUAUUUAUCCUUGAGAGCUAGAUUUUUGGCAAAUGUGGUGGGCAUACUUAAAGUUGUGAGACGUCUGUUGAAUAUAGAUUGGUGCAAUCAAGUAAAUGUUGAGGGAGAUGUUCUGUCGGGAUGUCUGAAGUCUUUUGAAGAUAUUUCUCACAUUUCUCUUCAUUUUUAUAGGCUUGCAGAGGAGUUUGAUCUGAUUGGAACAUCUUUUGUUGAGAUGGACAGUGAGAGUUCUGCAGUUUUGGCAGCACUUUCUCUGAGUUGUUCGCUAUUGGCAUUUGUUUCUGGUUUUGCAGUUUUUGUUAUAAAACAGCUAUCUCAUGAACACUUCAUGGUUGAUAAAAACUCUUGCAACCUAUUACUGGCCUUGGCAAUGCAAAAUUUAGCAGGCUGGCUGUGGCAUAUGGAUCAUCAAACUAACACAAAAUUCUUAUCGCUUUUGAAUUUUAUUGACUGGCGCACAAACUCUUUUCACCUGCAGCCUAGACAUCAAACUUGCAAUGUUGGUUUUGCAAGUAGAGAGUUUCUCAAUGUUUGUAGUAAUGCGGUCUCUGAGGCUGUCUGCUUGAAAGAUAAAAUAAGCAAGAAGCAUACUGAAAUAGCUCCAUCCGAAGUUUCCAAGAAUGUAUCACUACUGAUAUUAGAUACUAUUACAAGAUGGAUCCGCAUUCCUCCUCAGAUACCCAAGUAUUUCUUUAAAGUGAGGCAAGUUAUUGGAUCGGAGCUGUUUGUCCACAACGACGGCAUAAAAAUUGGCGCUGGUAUAUCUGCUUUUCCAGGCUCCAUUCUAUCACUUAACAUUUGUCUUCAACUGAAGAACUUGCCACCAAAUCUUCAUGUUCGGCCGACAAAGUUGUACUGCAUCCUCUACUGUCCGGUGUCCUGCCAUAUGCUGGCGCCAUGUGGACAGGCACCGGAGCGACUGUUAUCAGGAUAUGAAGCUUGGAAAGAUGAAGAGAUUGUUGAGCUGAACAAGAAAUUGUAUAGCCAUGUUUCGGACCGUGUAGCAAAUAAAGGCAUAAGACUUGGAAAGCGUGGUAGAGAUGAUGGAAAUAAGAACAGGGCUGCAGAAACAUUUUUGGAAUUUGUGCCUAACCAGAAAGGUCAGGGAUUCUCAAGCUGCCUACUUGAUAUAUCUGAUUUUCCUGUGGGUUCUUAUAGAAUCAAAUGGCAUAGUUGUUUGUUGGAUAGUACAGAUUCCUACUGGAGCCUCCUUCCCUUGAAUAUGGGACCUAUAAUCACUGUGCAUGCAUAAAUUUAUUGAUAGGUAAUUAUUACUUUUUUUUUUUUAUCGAGUUCAAACAUCUAAUACACAUGCUUAAAAAAUUAAAAUUAUGUUUUACCAUACGUGUUUGUAUGUCUGCAUGAUAAGAGCUCUUCAACAUUCAACCACUAUGAAAGGGCUGUCUAAUGAUAGGAUCCUGAAAGGGAUUGCUGUAUGUGCAAACAAGAGAGACAUGUUUGUUGCAUAAAGUAAUGUUUGGGCUUGUUUAGUUUUUAUUUU